AUGUUCACUUGCGAUGCGUGUCUGCGUCGGUCACUUUUCUCACUGGGGAGCGGCGCCGGUGCAUCACACUUCUCGUCCGCAUUGUCCAGUUCCUCGCUCGAGCACGCCAUCAAUUCCACGGUCGUCGUCUCUCGCAAACAUGCAACUCUACAGUCCCUCAGAAAGGGCCAUCAUCGCAAUGGUCUUUUCAAAGCCUUGAAAGAGGCGCGCAACGAACCGCCAAUUAAGGCCAGGCCGUCGAACGCCCGCGCGAAACUCUUGGCCAAAGAUGCUCAAGCACGGGAACGUAAUUGGUUACAGCGUCUUGAGCCCUCGGAUCGAGAGGCAUAUCUGAAAAAGGCUAUGGAGAAGGAAGCCAGAUACCUAGUGGAUCCCCUGAAACUGGCACAGGGCGUCGUGGAAAAACUUCGAGACCACAACCUACAAGCCGCCUUGGAGUUGGUUCGUGCCAGUGAAAGAGCUCACAACGGCAAGGGGGUGGACAAUGUUGUCAGUUGGAACCACAUCAUAGAUUGGCUGAUGGGCCAGGAGUCUCCUGGUGAGGCAUGGAAGGUCUACAACGAGAUGAAAAAACGAGGCCAUAAGCCCGACUCGCACACUUAUACGAUCAUGCUGAGAGGCUAUCGCGACAAUGUCAAGAAACCAAACGCCGUGCAACAGGCCUUGAGCGUUUACGAUUCCAUUUCCGCCGCCAACUCCGCAGUCACCCCCACCACUAUCCAUACAAAUGCCAUCAUCAGUGUUUGCGCACGCGCGUAUGAUAUUGAUGCUAUAUGGAGAAUUGCUGGGAGGCUUCCUGAACGUGGACCUGGUGCUCCUGACCAUGUGACGUUCACCACCAUACUGCAGGCCUUGAACAGCGAAGCCCAAAAAAGAGCCAUAGAUCGAGGGGGCAGGGAGGGUCCUGGCUUCGAUCCUCAGCCGAUAUUUGAGCAAGUGAUUGAUGACGCGCGAAAGUUAUGGCUCGACAUCACCGCCCGCUGGAGAAGGGGGGAUCUUUACUUGGACGAAGCUCUGGUCUGUGCCAUGGGCAGAUUGUUGAUGCUCUCAUCCAACCGGAGCACUCAUCUGGAUGUUCUGAACCUGGUCCAUCAAGCUAUGAACAUAGGCAGAAUGCCGGAGGUUUCGAAUGAUGAUGCAGAAAAUGGGACAGAUGGUUCAGAGGAAUCGGAAUCCACUGCUGAGAGUGACCCUUCCGCCAUUCUUGAAGCUUCACCCACGAGAGUGAACCGCGCGAACCUAUCCUCAGGUCGACCUGGGACGGCAAGCUCGUCUGUGUAUGCCACGCCUGGGAACAAUACCCUUUCUAUGCUUAUGGAAACAACUACCGCCCUUCGAAAGCUGAAACUGGGCAAAUACUAUUGGGAAAUUCUCACAGCCGCUGAUGGUCCUUACAAGAUCGUCCCUGAUCACCAAAACAUCAUGGCUUAUCUUCGGCUGCUUCGAGUUUCCCGUGCAAGCAGAGCUGCCUUGGACCUGCUUCGCGCUCCACGACCCGAUGAUGUACAAAACAAACUCAUGGUACGUGGAACCUUCGUCAUUGCCAUGAGCACCUGUCUACGAGACAAGAAGAAUCCAAAUGUCUUUGAGACAGCGAGUCGGAUUAUGGAUCUGAUGCAAGAGAGCACGCAAGAUACCGGGGAUGACCACGAUGGCCACGGAAAAGAACCUCAAGGCCAGAAGCUCAGAUUCUCCCCCAAAGUCCUCCGGAUGUAUCUGGAAGUUGCGAUGGCGACCACCAAAGGAAUCGGCGCGGGCCCGCUCGAGAAGACCAGGAAUGGAGAUCUGGAUUUCGAGCGAGAUCCUAGUAAAAACCACACCUUAAGAGCGCUGCGGCGACUCGGUCCAGAUGUGGUCAACGUCAGGCAACUGAUCAAAUCGCACUUGGUCGAACUUGAACAGCAAGCUGCCGCGAAAGGACGUACGAUCAGAGUCAAGAAAUUGCUUGAGAAGCGCCAGAUUACACCGUACAGUGUCACCGAAAACAUUGGCGAACUGGUCGAAUUGUUGCGGACCAUGAUCAGUGCGAUCGACAAGAUCAUUCUGGUCAACGAGCGCUUGGAGGAUGAAGGCAUGGGGCCACUGGAUAAAGCCAUCUUGAAUGAGUGUUGGUUGCAGAAACGAAAGCUGUCGGCUUUUGUCUCCAGGGCUGCGAAUGUGGUCACGGACCCUAAAGGACCUGGAGAGCUGAAGGCGCGGCGUGUAAACGAAAGGGGUCAGCCGUUAGCAAGCAGGAAUGGAGAAACCUCCGAGGGGGACGGAGCUGCUUGGUCCGAAGACGCGGAGGUGGCAGGCGACGACAUGGUGGACGAGGAUUUCGAUGCCGGCAUGACUUCUACCAACCCGCGCGUAAGACUCGUCAGCGAUAUCAAGGCUGCCCAGGCCAAGCACGCCAAAUCCAAAGAAGAAAGAGGUCUCUCCCGACGACAGAAACUCGAAUUGAUCAAGGAAGAGCAAAUCCGCGCUCAGUUUCCGACCAGUGUCUUGAGGGAGCGGCAGAGCAUCAGAGAGCGGACACGAACCAGGUGGAACGAUACGGAGACUGGGCCAGCAUCGACUAGCCAGAGAAGCCGUGCUGCUGCGGCGGGAUUUGCUCGAAAGGCACCAGUCUGGAAAACAAGGCAGAUGGAGAUCAAAGAGAUGAGAAGAGAGAAAAGACAGGCCAAGGAGCAGGCCAGGGAAGCUCAUGAGAGUAGCAGAGCGAGGGAGAGGGAGACGUAUAGGGGCUGGGGAGGUGGGUUUCAAGACAUGUUGAAAGAGCACGGAAGGGCUGAUAGAGCUGGGAUUGUGGAACUAGGUCCGUGA